AUGGAGACCGGUCAGAGCAUGUUCGGUCUCAGCGGCCAGAAUCCCUUCUACGGUGCGGUUCCCGGUGCAAUUGGAAUGCAUCAGGAUAUGAACAGCCCGCUCGACGACAUGCUUAGCCCUCUGCUUCCCGCUGCAACGACCUCCGUUGACCCGUCGGUCAUCUCAAACCAACCUAUCAACAUGACCAGUAUGCAGCAGGCAUACAGUCCACACAUGGCAGCCGGGCAGUCCAUGGCACAGCAGAUGGGCGGUCAGCCCAUGGGAGGAGAUCACAUCGAUGCAUACGGACAGCCACACACCUUUGCUCCCGCUGCCAUGCUUCACAGAAACUCCGACCUGGGACCCCUAAGCCAUGAAAACUCAUUUGCACAGCUUCAGCUCCGUCGUGGAUCGGCCGGGAUGCUGACCGACCAGAAGCAACAACACCUCAAGGAUCAGGAAUUAUACAAUGAAGAGUUUCGAUUCCGUGCCGUACUUCGCGCGUCUACGGCGAUGGUCAGAGACCCAGAUGAAAUCCCCAUCACAUAUCUUAACAAGGGCCAGGCAUAUACUCUUACCAUCUCGGACUCGGCCGCGAUGAGUUCUCCCCGCCGCCCAACGAAAUAUCGCACCUACGUACGAGUGUCCUUUGAAGAGGAGGAGCAACGGUCAAAGCCUGCUGCCUGCUGGCAACUAUGGCAAGAAGGCCGUGGGGCGAACGAGGCCCAUCAUCGCGACGGCAAACUCCUCGCAGUCGAACAUGUCGACCCUAACCAGGGUGGCGAUGGCGAGCUUCGCCAUCAGCAGGUUCAGCUAGAACGUGAGAACUUUGACGGGUUCUCCGUGCUUUGGACCCCCAACAGGGCCAAUGGCCGACACGAGUGCGCCAUAUCUGUGCGGUUCAACUUCUUGUCGACCGACUUCAGUCACUCCAAGGGCGUGAAGGGUAUUCCUGUGAGACUCUGUGCCAAAACCCAGGUUGUCUCAGGCAUUCCAGAGAUCCCCAUGCCGGAGUACGCGGAGGUGGCUUACUGCAAGGUCAAGCUCUUCCGUGAUCACGGAGCGGAGCGAAAGCUCUCUAACGACGCCACGCAUGUUAAGAAGCAGAUGGAAAAGACUAAAAGCCAGCUCCUGCAGGCCGAAACAGGUUCCUCCAGUGGCGAGAAGAGGAAACGAAGCGGCUCGAUCUCGUCGAGAGGAGGAAGCGGAAACAAGGUCAACAAGACCCCCAAAUCAAAGAGGUCCUGGUCUCAGGGACAAGGCGACAAGCCACCGUUCGAAGAUGACCUGCACGCAAAACUCCAGAGCUUUGUGGACAUGUUCCAUUCCAUCCGACAUGCCAGCGUCCUUAAUAUCAAGGGCGAUCUUCAAGAUGACCCGGACGCCUUCCCAGUGAAAUUGGACAUGUCGCUAGACAACAACAUCACCGGAUUGGACUGGGAUCCAUCCCAGGCGGCUGCCACUGACGGAGGUGUUUCCCACAGUUUCUCGCCAGCAAGCAGCCACCGCUCCCUCACCUCCUCGGGCCACUCGUAUGAUGUAAAGUCAGGCAUGGUCCCCAACAGUGCGAUGUUUGAAGACUCCCGCCAUGGAUCCGUUGAUUGGUCUGGUCUGGUUUCCCACGACCCUGAGAUUCAACAACACCUUAAGCACAACCAGACUUUGACCCAUCCCGUCAAGAUCCAGAGACAAGGCGCCAGCGAUGCUGGUGAUGGUUGGUUCGAGGCCAUGGGCGUUGACCCAAACUACAACCCUCCAUCAGACAUAGUAGCUGUUCCAAAGCACUGUUUCUACGUCAAGGCCCAGCAGAAUGAUGAUAAGAAAACGGCAAACUACCACCACGCGAUAUACAUUCAGCACCGCAACGCACAGGAGUUCACCGACGCUCUCGCUCGAAAAUGGAAACUCAACCCAGCCAAUGUCAUUCAGACAAUCCUGGUCCGUGACGGCGGAGUGAAGGUCAUUGUCGAUGAUGAUUUCGUCCAAGAGCUACCCGAGGGUAAAGACAUGGUCGUCGAAUUCCUCGAAUCACGCGAAGAACCAGAGGACCCAAACAUGGAUGUCGACUCUCCCGUUUCUCCAGGAGCCGGAGGCGCCAUCGAGAUUCGAUUGAAAUUUUAA